CUAGUUGCUGCUCUCUCACCUCUCACUAUCCUCUUCACUGCACUCAAGGCCUACUGGGGACCUCCAGCACCUAAGUUAUACCUAGAACCACACUGUGUUCAGGACUCCUUCAACCUGCUGCAAACAGGAGCAGGCGUGCAGCAGGGAAGGGCAGCAUUGAAAAUAAGUUGAGUGGAAGAAGUUUGGAAGAUGAGCCAUGAGAAGUCCCCCAAAUCACUGCUGUCCAAUAAGGAUAGAAGCCAUGGGGUUCGCAUCACUCCCGAGCUCCAGAAAGAAGAAAUGGAAGCUGUGGACAACCGCAAGCUGCAGGUGGUGAUGUCUCUGAAUAAACUGGGCAUCAAAGCUGAUGAGGCACCAGUCAUUGCUGUUCUUGGCUCCGGCGGGGGUCUGAGGGCACACUUUGCCUGUCUUGGGGUCCUGAUCCAGCUGAAAAACCAUGGCCUGUUGGAUGUCAUCACAUACCUUGCAGGGGUCUCAGGCUCCACUUGGGCACUGUCCUCAUUCUACACUAACAGUGGGAACGUGGAACACAUUGAAGCUGUCUUGGAACAUCGAUUUGACCCGGAGAAUUGGUCUAUAUGGGACAGCCUACAAAAAACCAUCGAGGCAGCGAGUUUGGAGAAUUACUCUCUCACUGAUUUCUGGGCCUACAUAGUUGUCUCCAGACAAACCAGAGAAUUCCAGGACUCUCUUUUGUCCAGCAUAAAGAAGCAUGUGGAAAAAGGGACACUACCCUACCCAAUAUUUGCAGCCAUUGACAAUGACCUUCACCCUGUUUGGAAGGAUCAUAAAACCCGGAAAUCCUGGUUUGAGUUCACUCCUCACCAUGCUGGCUAUCCUGCACUCCAGGCUUACAUCCCCAUCACCCAGUUUGGAAGUCAAUUUGAGAAUGGAAGAUUAGUUAAAUCUGCACCUGAGCGAGACCUUUCUUUCCUGAGAGGAUUGUGGGGAAGUGCUAUAGCUAAUACUGAAGAAAAUAAGAAAUUUAUUUGGGAUGAGUUUUUGAGCCUGAAAGAAAAAUUGUUAGGGAAACAUCAGUUAACACAAGGGAUGAUUACAGAAGAGACAGCAGUGGACGAAGCACUCCUAGAAUUGAUGGUGGCUUACAUAAAAGAUGAAAAGGACCCCAGUAUCCAGAAGAAGCUCCAGGCCCUGCAGCAAGCACUGGGUGCCAGGAGAGGUAAGCAGGGAGAGCCUGAGUACAGGGAACUGGCCAUGAUGAUCCGGAAUUGGAGCAAAGCCUCCCUGCAGGAGCGGGGCCAGAUCCUGGAAACCCUGGUGGGUCACUUCACAAGGCAAGCAAGCACGAUGGCCGUUUCCAGAGCUUUGAGUGUGUACAGGGUAACAUUCUGGGACAUUUUGGAUUUUCUGGCUAAAACCGUAAUGUGCAUUUGGAACUGGGAAUGGGGGACCGUUCACAACUUCCUGCUUAAACUCUAUGGCUCCAGAGUUGGUGUCACAGAUGAUGAGAUGUGCAGCCGAAAACUCCUCCACCUCGUGGAUGCUGGGCUUGCCAUCAACAGUCCCUACCCACUUCUUCUGCCCCCUGCACGGGAAGUUCAGCUCAUCCUCUCCUUUGACUUCAGUGCUGGAGACCCUUUUGAGACAGUCAGAGCCACGGCUGACUACUGCUACCGCCAUAAAAUUCCCUUCCCGCUGGUGAAAGAGGCUGAUCUGAAGGAGUGGGCCAAAGCCCCCAGCAGCUGCUACAUCCUGAAAGGGGAAAGUGGACCUGUGGUGAUGCAUUUCCCCCUGUUUAACAAAGACAACUGUGGAGAUGACAUUAAUACUUGGAGAGACAAAUAUGCCACAUUCAAACUAUCGGACACCUACUCUGUACAACUGGUGAAGGAUCUCCUGGAGAAGUCCAAGGAAAAUGUAAGAAAAAACAAGGAGAAUAUCUUCCGUGCAAUAAAGGAAGCAGUCAGGUCCUGCCCCCAGACAUCUUAACAGCUCUGGGAUCUGUGACUGUCUAGGAACCAGCUCCUGAUUCAGAGUCAAGGUUCAAAUCUCAGACUCAGCAGAUCAGAUAUGCCCUGUCUAAACCUUUGUGUCCUCCUCUGUAAAGACAUCACAACAGGAGUUAUGAAUAAUUAAUUAAAGUAAGUC